AUGGCAGAUGAAGAGUAUAUUGCUCCUAUGUCUUAAAUCAUUUAAGAUCUAUCUAUUAUGGAUACUAGUUAUUAAGAGCAUAUCUAAUGUAUGGAUGAUAAUGACAAACAAAUUUAGAAUUAUAAUUAAGUUAAAGCAAGUAGAAUUAUCUAAUCUAAAUAUUGGAUGGCUGUAGCAUUUACCAAUAGAGUCUAGGUUAUAUAGAUACAUUUUGGAAAUAAAUUAAAUCAAGAAGAAUCUAAAAUUUAAUUAUUAUUAAACUUUUUGAGACCAGAUGCUUUUAUUUAUAAUUUAGUAUUUAAUUAACCUUAUCCUAAUACAUUGGAAUCAUAACAAUUAUCUAUAUAAUGUUCUUGUACUUGGGGAUUGGGUAAUUUUAAAGAAACUAAUAAAAGAUAUGUUUUAUUGAUAAUCAAUUGGGGAUGUAGAGAAUAUUAUGCAUUUAAAGUUAUGUCUAGCAAUUCAAAUAUAUAAAUCAUUUAAGGUGGUCAUUUUUACAAUGCAAUAGAUUUUGCUACACUUUAAACUUUUCCUUUAACUUGUAAAUUUAUAACUAAUUCUAUAUUUUUAUCAUUUGUUGUAAAUAAUAUUGAUGGUCUAAUCUCAACUAAUUUAAAAUUAAUGACAACUUCAUAAUUUGAAUAUGGAGUUCCAUUUACUCUUAGUUAAAUAGAAAAACAUUACAAUUAAGAAAAAUAGAUACAAAACUUAUCAAAUGGAUAAUAUCAACCAAAAUUUAAUUCAUAUAUUAGUGACAAUUAAUAAUAAGUUAUAAUUAGUUAAGGUAUUUUGGAUUCGAUUUAAGAUGGAUAUUAAAUUUCAAAUGAUAUAAUAUUGAAUUUUAAUAAAUUGCAUUCUAAUUGUAUAUAUUAGAUUCAUUUUAUUUUUAGUAUAAAUAACUUUUGAAAAUGGACUAUGUAAUAUAUUAAAUGGUACUGAUUUGUAUACUAUUCGAUUAAAGAAAUGGGAUGAAUAUUUAAUUGAAUUGAGUAAAAAUGAAGAAUGGGAUCAUUGUUUUGAAACAGCAUUUAAUAUUCAUAAAGGUUAUUUAACACUUUUAUGUGAUAUACCUGAAAAUGACACAGAAAGACAUAAAUAUAUUUAGGAUAUAUGUGGUAAUUUGGGAUUACAAUAUAUUAUGACGUAAUUAAUUAAAAACUAAUAAAUUAAUAAUACAUGUAUAUAAAAGGUUAUUUAAUUUUUUAUUAAAACUCAAAAUGAAGAAUAAUUAUUUGAUUAAAUUGAAACUUUUAUGGAAAGUAAUGGUUAUGGAAAUAUAUUUUAUGAUAAUUUAAAAGAAUUAAUUAAAUUAUUUCACGUAAAUAUUCCUUAUCAAAAUUAAAUAAAAGUCUUAAGAAGAUUCUCUGAUAUGAAUGAUAAAGAUAUAUGUCAACGAAUUAUUUUCUCAAUCUAAAAUAUUUAAUAAUAUGAUCCCAAAAAAUUAAUUGAAUUUUGCUUAGAAAAUGACUUAAUUGAAGCCUUAAUAUAUGUUUGUUCAUAAUUUAAUGAUUUUUUAACUCCAUAUUUGAGAAUACUUACUUUAAUAACAGUAUUAUCAGAUAGUCAUCAUUAGAAUGAGAAGAGUAGCAUAACUUCAUUAAAUAUUGAGUAAUUAAAAUUUAGUUUAUUUGGGUAAUCUUUAUAUAAUAAUUAGUUUUCUUUAGUUUUGUUUUACUGGUCAAAAUUAAUAAAAGCCAGAACUAUUUUUUACUGAUAAAUAAUUUAAAUCUAUGUUCAAAGAUUUAUUUGAAUAUUUAUUUGAUUUUAAAAAUGUAGAAAAAUUAUUAGAAAUAGAUUAUAAAAAAACCUUAUAAGUUUUUCUAUUGGUUUUUUCAGAAAGGAUUUAAGAUAAUUUAAGAUAAUAUAUUAAUGAAGGAAAGCAAAUAAAUAUAUCAAUAAGCAAGACUAUUUUAGAGGGAUUUUUACCUGAAAUCUUGAGUAAAAUAUGAUAUAAUAUAAUUAAUAGAUUUAGAAUAGACUGAAAUUCAUUUACAAAUUUUAUCAAAAAUUUAUGUUUUAAUUAAAAUUGCAGAAAUGACAUAUUUUGGAAAAUUAAAUAAUAAAAAAGAAAUUGAAAAGUUAUUGCAAUAUUCAUAUGCAUUUUCAUCAAAUAUAUUUGCAAUUUGUUCUUUUCGAUUUAACAGCAAUCAUAUAUUAAUUAAUUUAUUAAACUAUAUGGAUAUUUUAAGAUUGGAAGAAUCCACUUUAUUUGAUAUUACUUGGGUUUUAAGAGGGAGAGUAUAAAAAGAUUUACCUGAUGAAGUGAUAAAGAAUGAAUUUUUGGAUAGAGUAAUGAAGAAAUUAGAUAAAUCAUUGGAAGGUUAAUAUAUGAUAUUAGAGGAAUUGCGAGAAAAGGCAUAAGAAAGAAAAUGGUAUAUAUUUAAAUACAAUAUAUUAGGGUUUGUAUGGAAAGUUGUUGUUUAAUAAAAAUGAAAAGAAUUCCUGAAGCUUUAUAUCUAUAUAUAAGUCAUCAAGAUUAUAUGAUAUCUGAAAAAGUAUUUAGUGUAUUGGCAGAUUAAUUAAGAUAGGAAAAACAAGAGGAAUUUAUAGAAGAUUGGAUUUUUAAGAAUUUAAGUAUUCUAGGAUGUGAAAAUAGUCAAAAAUUGUUUAAUUUAUUAUAUACAUAUAAGAGAGAUGAUAUUGGAAAAGUGUUGAUUGAAUUAAGAAAGAUUGAUAUUCUAAAAGUAGAUUAAAAAAUAAAGAGAGAACAAGAGAUGCAUCUAUUUACUGAGUUUUUAGAAUAUUUAAAACCUCGUAUGUAAAUUGAUGUUUCUAAGUACUUAUGA